AAUAUAUAUAUAUAGAGAGAUUUUUUUUUUCUUUUUUUUUUUUUACACAAUAUUAACCAUUACUUUCAUUAUCUGCAAGUGUUUUACAACCACGCGAAAACCCCGGAGGAGGAACCUCAUCUGGAGCACAAGAUAAGUAAAAACCCCUCACAGCCUCGUCCUCUGCUAAAUAAAAACUAAUUGGAUCAAUCUGACUGCCCUCGCUGAUUGGCAAUCCGCGCUGUGAUUGCCCCCCAAGAACUACUGUCAAAGAAAUAAAAGUCUGCAUCGGGAUCGAUUGCACAAGGAGGGAUUUUAUUUUAUUUUUUUGAGGGGGGGGACAAGAUUUUCUAUUUUUUGCCAAACCCCCCUGCUGACUGCACUAGGCAUUAACAAAAAAAAAAAAAAAGGGGGGGGUUGCAACAACCAAAUGUGCAAUAGGAGUCUGCUCUUUCUGACCCAGUGCCUUGCAUGGUCAAACACCUUUUUAAAGUGCACAAUUUAGUUCAGGACAUGCAGAAGGAAACUGAUGCGUGGACAAACACAUCCGUGAUCGAUCUUCACUGAAUCCGAGUAGCUGCAAGUGUGGGACUCUUCUGCACCACUGCUCUAUUUAUUCAGUUUCUGGUUAAAAAAAAAACCACCAAAUGCAAGUUGUUUUAUCUCAGUGUUGCACUUGAGAGCACCGACUGAACUGCUUUUUUCAUUGUGUGUUUUUUUUUUUACAACUACUACCGGUGGUCACACACACACCCGGUUGGCCGUAAAGGAGGGCUCGGUAUCGGCAUUGCCCAGCAGUGAGAUGUCUGCUCAGGUGAGAGAAAUGGUAAACGCAACCGAGGAUCUCAUAACUGUUGCAUGAGAGAUCAGCCCCCAGAAGUUUAACACAGGAAACACUCCUGGCUUGUGUUGGUUGGUUGUUUUUUUGGAGCACAAUUUAUCAUUUUUGGUGCCCUGACCGACACUCUCCACUGGAGCGCUUCAGACCUGAAAUACAGGAUUUCUCCGCCGACUAUGGCGGACAGGACUGAGUGCAGCACGGAGGACGGAUCUUGGGACAGUUUUUGUGUCGCAGAAGAGGCUACAUGAGGUUGUCAGAGGGCCGCACGCUUGCCUUUUUUGCCGACUCCACCUUCCCACCUCCUCCUGUUCAAAUCUGUGAAGAAACACAAUCUCCGACAGGGGAGGGGGACUGAUAUCUGCAGAGAGGAAUAAACCGAGAGGGAGAACUGUGAGGGGGGAGAGAGAUAAAAAAAAAAAAAAGAGUUCAACAUUGCUGUCUUCUCCCCUACCGUCCCCCCAAGCGGUGGGGGAACGAUCAGAAGCUUUUCUUAAAGGGAUAAGGAGACGCAAAUAAGGGAAAUACGUCUGCCCUCCGUGGAUCUACAGCUUUUUUUUUUUUUUUUUUUUAAAUUCGUCAAAAAAUAUGGCCGAUAAUGUCCUGGAGUCCGGUCAGCCUGCAGCCAAGAGGCCCAAGCUGUCCUCUCCAGCUCUCUCGGUGUCCGCCAGUGAUGGAAAUGAUUUUGGUUCACUCUUUGAUCUGGAGCAUGACCUCCCAGAUGAGCUCAUCAAUUCCUCGGACCUGGGGCUGACCAAUGGAGGGGACGUCAACCAGCUCCAUACCAGUCUUGCGGGGCUUGGAGGAGGGAUUAUUUUGGGAGGCCACGAUGCCGCUGCAAAACACAAACAGCUGUCCGAGCUCCUGCGCGCUGGAGCGCCAGCACAGCAAGGUGGCCCUACUUCCAACAGCACAGCACCCGGAGCUUCCAUGGGGAUGAUGGGGGGCGUCAGUGUCUCCCCUGGUGGACCUCAAGGCAUGCCCCCCCAGGGCCAGCAGCAGCAACCUGGAUUAAUGCAGCAGGUUGGGAUGGUUGGGGGGGUGGCGGCACUCAGUCGGGCAGCUGCCAUGAUGGGCGCCCAGAAGGGCAACCCUGGACAGCAGCAGCAAGGCCUGAUGGGGGGGCAGGUGAUGAAUGGCUCGCCAAGAAUGGGUUACCCAGGCAGUGCAGGCAUGGGUAACAAUAGUAAUUUGUUGGCAGAAACCCUACAGCAGCAGCAGGGCGGUCAGCAAAUGGGACCUGGGGGUCAGGCAGGGAUGAGACCACAGCAACCCGGAGCACUGAACAAGAUGAAUAUGAUGGCCAAUGCGGGCCCCUAUGGUGGUCCGUACGGCCAGUCUGCUGGCCAGGGGCUGCCUGGAGCAGGGCUGGGCCCACAGCUCCAGAACAAGGCGGGCCUGCCCAACAAUAUGGCCACCCAGUUCAACAUGGACAAGAAGCCACCACAAGGCCAAGGCAUGCCUGGGAUGGCCUCUCAGCAGCAGCCUGGAGCAGUGGGUGGCGUGUCCGUCGGAGGAGCGGCAGCAGUGGGAGGUGCCCAGGUUGGGCUCAAUGCCGUGGGGGCGGGUCCCGGCACAGCGCCCCCUACCGCAGACCCUGAGAAACGGAAGCUGAUCCAGCAGCAGCUGGUCCUCUUGCUACACGCGCACAAGUGCCAGCGGAGGGAGCAGGCCAACGGGGAAGUGCGGCAGUGCAACCUGCCCCACUGCCGCACCAUGAAGAACGUGCUCAACCACAUGACUCAUUGCCAGGCUGGCAAGUCCUGCCAGGUGGCGCACUGUGCCUCAUCCAGACAGAUCAUCUCUCAUUGGAAGAAUUGCACACGACAUGACUGUCCUGUAUGCCUGCCGCUGAAAAACGCCGGAGACAAGAGGAAUCAGCAGUCUCUUGUUAACAGUGCAGGGGUAGGUUUGGGGAAUUCUUUAGGUUCAGGCGUGCCUGGUGGACAGUCCAACACUCCGAACCUGAACCCUACCAACCAGAUUGACCCCAGCUCCAUAGAGAGGGCCUAUGCUGCACUAGGUCUCACUUACCAGGGCAACCAGAUGCCACAGCAGUCGCCACAGGCCAACAUGCCAAACCAGGGGCUGCCGGGCCAGCCUGGGAUGAGGCCUUUAAACACCAUGGGAGGAAACUCUAUGGGAGUGAAUGGUGGAGUGGGUGUGCAACCCCCUAACCAGCAGUCCACGCUACUGCCAAACGCCAUGUUGCAUGGCAACAUGAAUGCACAGAGCUUAAUGAGUGAUGGUGUGGGGAACCUGGGCUCCAUGCCUACAGCAACUCCUCCUUCUGCUCCAGGCAUGAGGAAGUCUUGGCAUGAAGACAUCACACAAGACCUCCGCAACCACCUUGUCCACAAGCUCGUGCAGGCCAUCUUCCCCACUCCUGAUCCGGCUGCGCUGAAGGAUCGGCGGAUGGAGAAUCUGGUGGCUUACGCUCGAAAAGUAGAGGGAGACAUGUACGAGUCAGCCAACAGUAGGGCGGAAUAUUACCAUUUGCUGGCAGAGAAGAUCUACAAGAUCCAGAAGGAGCUAGAGGAAAAGAGGAGGACAAGACUCCAGAAGCAGGGUAUGAUGCCAGGCCAGCCCGGCAUAGCCUCCCCGGGCCUUCCACAGGGGCCUCCCAGCAUGGGACAACCUCCCAUGGCCCCAGGACAACCCCCAAAUGGUCCUCACAAUGAUCUGUCUAUGGUCCGACCGGCUGGACCCAAUCAGAUGGUCAACAGGAUGCAGAACCCUGCAGGAAUGAAUCAAUUUAGUCAGAUGGGGAUGCAGUCAAUGGGUCAGAGAUCGACGCCUCCCCUUCCUCUUAAUGCUCCUAUGAACCAGAUGGGUAUGGGAGCAACAAGGAUGGGUCAACCCAAUGCCGCACAGUUACAGAACCAGUACCUCCCUCAAGGCCAGUUCCCCGGGUCCAGUCCUGGACGUGGUUCUGGUCCUGUUGGCAUCAAUCAGCCUGGACCACAGAAUGCUGUGCCACCGCAGAACCAGAUGUCAACGCCACCCUCCCACCCAGCCAGCAGCCCUGCAGCACAGUCUGCCUCUUCUGCUCAAGGCUCCGGAGCCCCAGGAGGCUCCAUGGGACCUGGUAGUGCAAGUGGUCCUGGGUCUCUACCCAACCUGCCUCCAUCCUCCAACCAGCCCAACUCCUACCCUCACUGCCCACCAAUUAGAACAAACUCUCCCUCACCAGCACGUAGCUUAACGCCUCAACCACAUCAAACACCCCCCACGUUACCAGGUUCUCAGACCCCACAGCCACACACUCCUGGUACACCCCAAUUGCCCCCUCAGCAACAGCAACAGCAGCACAGCAACAACAGGCAGCAGCUAGCAGCAGCAGCAGCACGCAAAACCAGCAACAGCAAGCUGCAACAACAGACAAACAGCAGCAACGCCAAACAGCAACAGCAGCAGCAACAACAACCACAAGUUUCACAGCAGCCAUCGGGGCAGGCGGUGCACUCUGAGAAGGCCAAUCAGCCUCCACAGCAAACGCUUGGGGGUGUGCCUUCUUCAGGCCCCCAAGCAGGUCAGGCUUCUUCAGUGCCUACCCAAAAUGCUCAUGUGCCACUACAGCAGCCUCAAACCCCCCUAUCUCCGAAGCCUCCACUGACAGCAGAUGGUCAAGUGUCCUCUCCAGCCUCAGUCAGCAGCAGUACCGACCCCAGCUCCCAGCUUGCCCAAGUGGACGGUUCUGCUCCCAGCCAGGAAGACAUCAAAAUGGAAGUAAAGAAGCAGGAGGAGGAUGACGAAGGGACUGACAGCCAAGGAGAGGGCAAGGGGAAGAUGGGCAAGGGUCAGCCUGAUGUGAAGACAGAGGAGAAACCAGAGAUAAAGAAGGAGAAGCCGUCAGGAGAUGGGUGUAAAGGCGAGCCCAUGGAUACAUCUUCGUCCUCUGUGUCAUCGUCAGUAGCAGCAGGUGAAGACAAGAAGCCGGAGGUGAAGAAAGAGCCCAAAGAGGAAGAGGAUGGGUCAGGGUCAACAGCCUCCAACAGCUCCCCAGCCAGUGCUCAGAGUAAGAAGAAAAUCUUUAAGCCGGAGGAGCUGCGUCAGGCUCUGAUGCCCACUCUGGAAGCUUUGUAUCGGCAGGACCCUGAGUCCCUUCCCUUCCGUCAGCCGGUGGACCCCCAGUUACUGGGAAUACCCGACUACUUUGACAUCGUGAAGAAUCCCAUGGACCUGUCGACCAUCAAGCGGAAGCUAGACACGGGACAGUACCAAGAGCCUUGGCAGUAUGUCGAGGAUAUCUGGCUGAUGUUCAACAAUGCCUGGCUGUAUAACCGCAAGACGUCCCGUGUCUACAAGUACUGCUCCAAGCUGGCUGAGGUGUUUGAGUCAGAGAUCGAUCCUGUCAUGCAGGGCCUGGGAUACUGUUGUGGGAGGAAGUUUGAGUUUUCCCCCCAAACUCUAUGCUGCUAUGGAAAACAAUUAUGCACCAUCCAACGAGACGCUGCUUAUUUUAGCUACCAGAACAGGUACCACUUCUGUGAGAAGUGUUUCAACGAAAUCCAAGGCGAGACUGUUUCCCUGGGGGACGACCCCUCCCAGCCUCAGACGUCCAUCAACAAAGAGCAGUUUCAACGAAAGAAGAACGACACACUUGACCCUGAGUUGCUUGUGGAAUGUAUUGACUGUGGUCGUAAAAUGCACCAGAUCUGUGUCCUGCAUCAUGAAACCAUAUGGCCGUCAGGGGCUUCCUCAGACCAAGUUGGGGAACUUUUUGGAGAUAAGAGUGAACGACUACCUCAAGCGGCAGAACCACCCUGAGUCUGGCGAGGUCACAGUCCGUGUGGUCCAUGUCUCAGACAAGGUGGUUGAGGUCAAGCCGGGCAUGAAGUCCAGGUUUGUUGACAGCGGAGAGAUGUCUGAGUCCUUCCCAUACAGGAUGAAAGCUCUGUUUGCAUUUGAAGACAUCGAUGGAGCGGAUGUGUGUUUUUUCGGCAUGCACGUUCAAGAAUACGGCGCGGACUGCCCGCCUCCCAAUCAGAGACGAGUGUACAUUUCUUACCUGGAUAGCGUGCACUUCUUCAGACCUCGACACCUCAGGACUGUUGUCUACCACGAGAUCCUGCUAGGCUACCUGGAGUACGUCAAGAGGCAGGGGUUUACAGCGGGACAUAUCUGGGCCUGUCCACCCAGUGAAGGGGAUGAUUACAUCUUCCAUUGUCACCCAGCGGACCAGAAGAUCCCCAAGCCAAAACGCCUGCAGGAGUGGUACAAGAAGAUGCUGGACAAAGCUGUUUCGGAGCGCAUUAUCCAUGAUUACAAAGACAUCUUCAAGCAGGCAACAGAGGACCGGCUGACAAGUGCCAAGGAGCUGCCAUACUUUGAGGGCGACUUCUGGCCUAACGUACUGGAGGAGAGUAUCAAGGAGCUGGAGCAAGAGGAGGAAGAACGGAAAAGGGAGGAAAACAGUACCUCCAAUGAGAGCACAGAUGCCACAAAAGGAGACAGCAAGAAUGCCAAAAAGAAGAACAAUAAAAAGACAAGCAAAAACAAGAGCAGCUUGAGCCGAGCCAACAAGAAGAAACCAGGGAUGCCCAAUGUUUCCAAUGACCUUUCCCAGAAGCUCUAUGCCACCAUGGAGAAACAUAAGGAGGUCUUCUUUGUCAUCCGCCUUUCUGCUGGCCCCACCGGCAACUCGAGCCAGGACCGCUUUGUCUACACUUGCAAUGAGUGUAAACACCAUGUGGAGACCCGCUUCCACUGCACCGUCUGCGAGGACUAUGACUUGUGCAUCACCUGCUACAAUAUUAAGGGUCAUGAGCACAAGAUGGAUAAGCUGGGGCUUGGACUGGACGAUGACAGCAACAACCAGGCAGCAGCAGCUACCCAGAGCCCGGGAGACUCUCGCCGUCUCAGCAUCCAGCGCUGCAUACAGUCACUGGUCCAUGCAUGCCAGUGCCGCAACGCCAACUGCUCCCUGCCGUCCUGCCAGAAGAUGAAGCGCGUUGUUCAGCACACAAAAAGCUGCAAGCGCAAGACAAAUGGCGGCUGUCCCAUCUGCAAGCAGCUCAUUGCUCUGUGCUGCUACCAUGCCAAACACUGUCAGGAGAACAAAUGUCCCGUCCCGUUCUGUCUGAACAUCAAGCAAAAGCUCCGGCAGCAGCAGCUGCAGCACAGGCUCCAGCAGGCCCAGAUGUUAAGGAGGAGGAUGGCCAGCAUGCAGAGAGUGGGACAGGCAGCCGGAGGGCCACCUGGAGGACCUGUUGCUGGACUUCCAUCCCCAGGGAACAAUGGUACCACGGCACCCAGUACCCCAACUUCUGGUGGAACCCAACCCCCAACACCCCAGACCCCAACUCAGCAGAUGCCUCCAGUCUCGCAGCAGGGAAUGGGUCCUGGACCUGGAGUCCAGCAGCAACAGCAGCAAGGUGGGAUGCCUCCGCAAAGUGGCAUGCCUCCUCAGCACCCCCUUCACCACCAGUUUCAGCAGAUGGGUGGAGGAGGUGGGGGGAUAAUGAGCUCUCCCCAACAUCAGCAGCAGAUGCUUCCUCAGGUCCAGCAGCAACAUCAGAGUGGAGCAGGGACCAACCCUCAACAGCUCCAACAGCACCCCAACAAUUUGCCUCCAUAUGCCAGCAGACCCCCAGGCUCCUCCCCAAUCCAUCAGUCCCAGGGCAAACCCGUCCUUGGCUCCCCAACACCUCCCCAGCAGCAGCCUGGUGGCUCUGUCAUGACUGGAAGUGUUGGGGGCCAGCAGCCUCCCAAUCAGUCCCCGGGCCAGCCUCUCCUUCCACAGCAGCAGCAACAGCAGCCCCCUUCUGGCCCUCCACCGGCAGCAGUAGAAAUUGCCAUGAAGAUCCAACAGGUAGCCGAUGCUCAGAGGAAGAUGGCCCUGCAGAGACAAGCAGCCCAGGCAGCUGCAGGCUUGAUGCCUCCUCACCCUCACCAUCAACAGGGUCAGGGUCAACAGAUGGGCAUGGGACACCCUGGGCCUGUAGGGAUGGUUGGACCCCAGGGCAUGCCACCACAGAACCAAGCAGCAGUGGCAGCUGCUCGGGCCCAUAUGGAUCAACCACAAGGUGCUCCGCCAGGGAUGAUGGUUGGUGCUGGUGGGCCCAUGCAGCAACCCCCUCAGCAGGGUAACCUGCCCCAGGGCCAACUCCCCCCUCAGGUACAGCUUCAACAGCAGAGGAUGGGUGCUCCUCUUCAAAACCCGCAACAGCAGUGGGCUGGCCAAGGGAUGCCACCUCAGCAGAGGCAAGCCAUGAUGAACCAAAUGGGCCAUCCAGCCAUGAUGACAGCUCAACAACAACAGCAACAGCAACAGCAGCAACAGCAGCAACAGCAGCAGCAACAACAACAACAACAACAACAACAACAGCAGCAGCAGCAGCAGCAGCAGCAAGCAGCAGCAGCAUCAGCAACAGCACCAACAAGCUCAGGGCCAUGCUGCCUUGAUGAAUAUGGCGCAGCAGCAGGCAAGGUGCUGGUGUCGGGGUCCCAGGGGAGUGGCCCCUGGAGCUACAGGUGUCCCAGGAGUUUGUGCUGCUGGUGGGAACAUCCCCCAAGCAGCCCCCAGGAGUUUGUUACGACUCUUCCGCUCGCCUAUGUCACCACUACGCAACAGCAAGUCCUCAACAUCCUCCGAGGGGUCCUGGUAAUGGUCAUGGCAGGAGGGGGGCCCACAGGUGAACAUGGGAGUGCUGCAGGGUGGCGCGGCCAGCCGGGUAUCCACAUGGGGGUCAAGGAGGACGAAUGUCAACAUGGCCAGCUAUGGCCAGCCUCCAACAAGUACAGCAACAGCAGCAGUUACAACAACAACAGAAGCAGCAGUCUACAACCAACAAACAGACAACAGCAGCAGCAGUGGCAGCAGCAGCAGCAGCAACAACAGCAACAACAGCAAAUGGGAGUAAAUCAUGGUCAGUUCCAGCAGCCACAGCCACUACAGGGGCAGGGCUACAUGGGACAACCUGGGAUGCAGCCGCCUUCAGUGGGACAGGGACCACCUGGAGGUCCUCCUCUUGGCCCUCAGCAGCAAGGUGGUCCCCCAGGCCAGCAGGGGCAAGGUUACCCAGGGUCAGUGGCACAGCAGCAAGUCACAGCUGCACUCCAGCAGAGGCUCCACCAUCAGCACCACCUCCAGAUGCAGCAGCAGAAUGCCAUGGCUGGCCUACCAGGGGGUGAUGCAGGUGGAGGGGGUGUAGGAGGUCCUCAACAGCCACCUCAAGGCCCACAGCCCACUCAGGGUGGUCCCCCUCCUCAAUCCUCUCAGGCUCUGCUCCAACAGGCACUCCACCAGAGGCUGCUCCAGCAGCAGCAGCAGCAGCAGCAUCUGGGCCCUGGUGGGUCACCAGCCCAACACAGCAAUCCCAUGAGCCCCCAGCAGCCACAACAGAUGGCCCAGUCCCCACACCCACACUUGCAGGGCCAGGCGCACACAUCCCUGGCUAACCAAGUGCGAUCCCCACAGCCUUCGCCCAGACCCCAGUCUCAGCCGCCACACUCCAGCCCGUCCCCACGCAUGCAGCCCCAGCCCUCACCACAUCACAUCUCCCCUCAGAUGCAGACGGGUUCCCCACACCCAGGCCACCUGAACCAGCACCAUCCGGGUAUGGUUGUCUCUUCACAACAACAGCAACAGCCAACGACCCAGCAGCAGCAACAGAACUCUAUGGAGCAGUUUGGGUCGGACCAGAGCGCCAUGCUAUCUCAGCUGAGUGGCAUGGCUGGUAUCCAUGGGCCGGCAGGCAACGGUCAGGACCCACUGGGCCAGAAUAUGAAUCACAACAUCAACAUCAUGUAGGAAUUUUACUUGACGUGUCAAGUUGAGCUGAAACGCUCUGUGAUUCUUCGCACAAACUGCACUCACCCAGGACAGUGUUAUUGUUAUUACUUAGCCUUUCUUUUUUAUACUAUUAUUAAAUGUUAUUUAAAAUGUUUUCAAUAAAGAUGCAUUGAACUGAACUUCCUAUGGGAGAUGAACAAUAAAUCAAGCAGUCGUUAAAUAAAUUAGAAUAAAUGAAUUGUAAGUUAUUGCUGUUAAUAUAUUUUUUUGCCAAUUGUGGACAAAGAGGGGGAUGGUUUCUCUAGCGCCCCCCCCCCCUCACCUCCACCUCUUGCUGAAUACAAGAAAGGUGAUAUUUUUGGGGGUAAAUAGGAGUAAUUGCCUUUUUUAAGAAAUGUUUUUAAGAUUUUAAAAGUGGUCAAGAAUUAAAGAGGAGAUGAUUUAAUGCAAAGAACUUUUUUUAUCGGUUUCAAUUCCCAUCAUUCAGUCUGUCUAUUUCUGUUUUGCAGAGUGAUGUGGAUUAUUAAUGUAAAUCCAAACAUGAUGCAUAUCUUCAUUUUUAAAUGUUUGGGUUUGCUUUAUUUAUUUUUUUUUCUUUUUGGGGGGUGGGAUGGGGGUGUUGUGUACCCUGAGACUGCUAAAAUUCGUAUAGAAAUAUAUUUUUGUUAAUGACUGUUAAGACGGGGGGUAGUGGAUGUUUCAUUUCACUUUAGAUGUCUUUAGUUGGGUCUUCCCAGGUGGGAAUAAUUAAAUGUCAGUGUUUUAUUGCAGUGGUUGAGGGUCUGCUGUGAGUUUGAGAUGUUGAACGGACGCAUUACGACGUCCCGGCCAGCUUCUGUAUCGGACAUCGGUCAUGUUGGAAGGGACUCUUCCCUCGCAAACAUGCAAGCCCUCUCCCUCGAAUGUGUGUGCACUCCUUCCUUUAAAGACACUUAAUAUGGAGCAGUGGAGGCUUGGGGAGGGGGGGUGCAUACCUGUGUGCCUGUAACAUUUUGAGUACAUGGGCUGGGACGUGAAAAAAUGGGUGGGAUGGGCUCCUUUUAGUGUUUUUAGGAUUCUACUGUUUGGAGUAAACAGGAUUUUGAUCCAAAUGAACUGUGUUGCACAGAAAUGAGGAGAAGGGAGGAGAUAUGAGCAGUCAGUCUCCGUCUCUUUCGGCCUCGUCCCCUUUGCUGCUUCUCUUGGACUUUAAAUCUC